GGGGGGCAAUCGCCCAAAACACGACGUGUGCUCAUUUUUUUUUGCUGUUGAAGUAAUUAAAAUAUUUAGGAGUGAAUUCGCUAGGGGAAUUGAAAUUUCAGUUACUUGAUUGUAUUUUAUUUGUAUGGUGUGGUGGUUGGUGGGUCCAGGGUGAGGAGUUCUUCGGAGGUGGUGGGUGGAACGGCCAGGCCCGUAUCCACUACAAACAAAACAUGGAUGCCGUGGAUAUCGAUACGCCGAAGCCGUCACAAGAUGAUGAGCCUGUUGAAUCCGUUGUGGGAAUAUGUCGGGUUUGUUUACACGGCAAUUUGAUGAUGAGAGAUCUCUUCGGGGAUGAUGAUGAUCUCUCUCUGUCCAGCAAGGCCAUGAAUUUUGCAAGUGUCAAGAUGAUGCCAGGGGAUGGUCUCCCGACUCAAGUCUGUUGUGACUGCGCUGAGAAGCUCGAAUCAGCGUUCGAGUUCAAACGCCAAGUAGAGCAGGCAGACAACAUCCUCCGAGAGCGUUACGACAACCUCACCAUCAAGGAAGAGCUCUUCUUCAAUGAGGUUGAAGUUCACCUGGAGAACGAUCGACACGAGGACGUGCCAGAGCUCGACGUGGACAGCCACUACGAUGAAGCACCAGAAACUCCAAACGUCUGCGACCCGGAGAAGUCCUCUCUCCUGAAAGACCACUUGGCCCUCCUGGAGGUGGAGAAAUUGGCUGAACAAGAGCAACACGUGCUCGAGCACUCGACAAUGAUCCAAGAGGACACACUUCCCGCUCAACUCACGCAUCACCCAAUUUCCGAAUCUCCCCUGAAGCAACCCCUUCUCCAACCCCAAGAGGACUACCUCCACGAGCCCUCCGAAACCUCCGGCCACCAAAUCCUCAUCACUCGUCACCACGACGACAACGUGAAGACAGAGAGUCUCAACCCUGGAGGAAUGACCAUCGACGAGCACAACUACAUGGUCCAGCAAGGCUACACCCUGACAAACGACCAGGAACUGAUGCAACAGGAUGCCGAUGACAAUGGCUCCCAGGAUUUCCCGACGUUGAUGCUGGAGGACGAGGAUCCAGAGGUUGUGGAAGCAGCCGAGGACGAGGCCAACGAGCAGGAACUUGACCAUGAGCAGGAUCAACAGCUUCGUCAAGCCCUGCAUCAACGUCAAAAUUCCCUCAACCCUAAACCACUAGAGCCUGAAUCCUUAGAAGUCCUGGAAACUGAGAUCUCGCCCUCGAAUUCCAAACGAUUGCGUAAAGACUCAGAUCAAAAUUCCUCGGAAGACAAUUACUUUGAGAAUCUCAACUUGAGCAGCAGAUUGAAGCAGUUCGAGGAAGAAAAAUCGGAUAAAAUAUUCUUCAUGUGUUACCUCUGCGACAAACAAUUCGUAUCAAAAGUUAUUUUAAAAGAGCACAUGCAUUCGCACGAGGAAGUUCGUAAGACGCUGUCCCUGAAGAAGACCCCGGAGAAGUCUCAGAAGGUACAGACACCCAGUGGCAAGUCCCAGCCAUCUGGGAAGAAAGCCAAUAAGUGUCCCUACUGCGGGAAAGAAUAUCUCUAUGUAAUUUCGUUCAGUAAACACAUCAAGCAACACGAGAAGAAUGACGACGAGUUGAGGCACACGUCGAAUAUCGAAGAUGACUCGGGCUCUGAUGGUUUUGACAACACAGACACCUUCGAGGUGAUCCACGACGAUAGACCAGACUCCCCGGAUCACCACGAUCAUCCCACAAUCGAAGGAUUGGAUUCAUCACAAGAAAUUCUCUCCUGCACGAAAUGCCACGAGAAAUUUCCAUCGAAGACAGAUCUCCAACGUCACAUGCACCAUCACAAUCAAACAGAAACCGAAAGAUGCAAUAUUUGCUCGUUAGAAUUUGAUUCCUUAGAAAAAUUGAAGGACCAUCGGUCCACCCACGUGAUGGAGGGCGUCCUCACGGAACAAGAUCUUCGAGACGAGCUGUCCAACAUUUGUACAAAAGAGUACACAGAGAAAUCCAACAAGGUAGACCCAAAUGACAAGGACUUGAAGUGUCGAAGUUGCUCCAUGACGUUCAUGUCGAAAAAACUCCUCAUGAAACACCGGGAUUCCCACGAACGCACGAAAUACAGAUGUAAGCUCUGCACUCAAGAAUUCACGAAGAAAGAUCACUUGAGAAAACAUGCGGAGCAGCACUCGAGGGUGAAGUCCUUCAAGUGCACUCAGUGCACCAAAGUCUUUGGUAAUGAGCUCACCCUUCGAAAUCAUUUAAUCGCGACUAAUCACAAGACGAUACACCAGGGGGAGGAGUACGAUCCCAAUAAAAGGAUAAAGCGUGUGGCAGCCAAAGCUGCUCAGAAGAUCAUAGAUAAAAUUAAGACGGAGGAUGGACUGGAGGAUUCCGAUCAGGAAGAUACUGAAGACUUCAGUGAAGAUCAGAGAUCUUCCAGAGAUGACAAGUCCAAACGAACCAAUCGAACGGACUUGGAGUGCGCCACAUGUGGCAAGAGAUGCAGCUCCAAACAGUAUCUUCUGCGUCACAUGGAGCUCCACUCAAAGGACGAGAAAUCGGAUUACAAUCAGUCCAAGGCCAAACAGAACGAUCUGAGCUCAUUCCAGAGAACCUGCGGAACUGGAUUCGACAGAGAAUUCGACGAUAACUCUGACGAUGAUUUUGAGAGUGGACUGGACUGGCCAAUGGACACUCAUGAGUGCACCACCUGCAAGAAACGGUACAGUACGAAAAAAUCAUUACUCCGACAUCAACUGCUGCAUGAAGAGCCGAAUUUCGAAUGCGACAUCUGCAACGUAAAGUUCUAUCGAAAGGACAAACUCAAGGCUCAUUACGACAAGUGCUCUGAGAAAAAUCCAGAUCAAGUAAGAAAAUGCAAUAUCUGCGGGGACACAUUCGAGAACAAUGAUAUCCUGAAGGAGCAUCGAGCCAAGCACGUGGACGAGGGAAUUCUCACCGAGGAAGACCUGCGUGAAUUAGAGCCUAGCAGUGAUGAUCGUAAAUCGGGUGAAAAAAUCGCGAGAAAACGUAGAACAGACAUCGUUGGACUAGAAUGCACCGAGUGCAAUAAACAAUACACCUCUCGAAAAGGAUUGUUGAGGCACAUUCAGGUGCACGAGGGAAAAAAAUACCUGUGCGACAUCUGCCCGAAGAAGUUCUACCGUCGUGAGCAUUUAAAAAUUCACGUGGCAAAACACAACAUGGUAAAACCGUACAAGUGCACUAGGUGCUCUAAGCGAUUCAUCAAAGAGGAGCAAUUAGCAGCGCACCUCACUAAACACGAGAGAACAUUCAAGAAAAACAAGGAGACUGAUUCCACCUCGAAGAGAUUCCUCUGCGAAAUUUGCUCCAAGAGUUUUACGCAGUCGACAACACUUGUCGCUCAUCUGCGAGCGCACAAUGGUAUCAAGCCUUAUGUGUGUGAAGUUUGUGCGAGGCCUUUUACGACAAAUGCAUACCUCAAGAUGCACAUGAGAACGCACACCCAGGAGAGGCCCUACAGCUGUCAGUACUGUGCAAGGGCUUUUGCCAGGGCUGACACUCUUGCUAAUCAUUUGACGUCACACACCGGUGAGGCGAAGUACCACUGUAAAUACUGUCCCAAGAAUUUCAGGAGAUUGAAGUCCCUCAAGGAACAUGUCUUCAUUCACACUGGACAGAGACCCUAUGCCUGCCCAACCUGUGACCGAAGGUUCAAUAAUAACGGGAGCAGGUAUGCCCACUCGAAGAGGUGUAAGCAGAAUUUACUGCAGAAUCAGGCAAGGCAGGGACAGGCACAGGUGCAAGCUCAGGAGAUUCAGGCAGUUGUUAUUGAUAAUCAAGGGGUUCAGGAGAUUCAUGAAGUCCAGCAGGUGCAAACUGUUCAGCAGGUACAGACUGUACAACAGAUUCAAACUGUUCAGCAGGUGCAGCAAGUACAGCAAGUGCAGCAAGUGCAGCAGGUGCAGAUUCAACAGCAGAGCCAGGGGCAGACUAUCAGGCUGGCUCAGGCUGUUGGUCCUACCAUGCAGGUUGUGCAGAAUAAAAAUAUCAAAACCAUUACCAUCACCAGGCAGCCUGAUCAAGUUGGUCAUCAGGUUAUUCAGCAUCAGGAGAUUCUCAUGCCGUUAAUUUUACCCCUGACUGUUACACUCACUGAUGUUGAUGAGGAGGUGAUACUACCGGAGGGAACUAAAAUUUUUACGACUACGUAGUAGUGAUCAGGGGGGAGGGGUGUAGGGGCAGGUGGUUAUGGAAGACAGGGUGGAGGUUGAAAGGCUUUAUAGUGAUCAUGUGCCAUUUUUUCGGUGAGAAUUUUUUUGGUGAUUUUGAGCUGUGGAGGUUGACUCUGCGGGCUUGGAGUUAUUGAAGAGCGAAUGGAAGUCGAUUGGUUUGAAAAAAAAGGCUUCGAUAUCCGUUGAUUAUUUCACUCCACUACAUAAAUCUUUGUGUAUAGGACUGUAAGGGUAAAUUCGUGGAUCAAAUGAAGACUUUUGAUAUUUGUGGACAUGUUUUAUCGUCGGCUUUGUGUAUAAUACGUUACAUAAGAAAAUUAUUUUUUCAUGGAAUAUAUAUCGUAAUGAAAUGGGAGAGAAGUGCGGAAUAUUAUAAUUUUUUCGGAAUAUUGAGAAUUCAAUCUGUGAAAUAUUUUGGUUCUGAGAGAUUUUGGGGAAUUGAUCGGUGAAGGACUGCGAGGGGAGGAUUAAUUUUUUGAGGGGUCAGUCAUGAAGAGGGAAUUCGUAUUCAAUUAUCGAGUUUGUCGAUAUGUUCGAGUGAUUGGACAAUUUGUACUUGUGGAUUCUCAUUUUCCAGCGGUUUCUCUUUUCAUUUUUUCAAUCAUUUGGAGAAGACGGCGAAGAGGUAGUUAUAGGAUUAUUAAGGCGAUACUUCUUUCCAUUUUUAAUGUACAUAAUGAUUAUAGUGUGAAUAAAUGAAACUUUGUAGCGUUUAAACAAUUUAAAAAUUUUUUUACUCCACUUUAACACGCCACAGGAAUUUUCAAAAAUUGACAAUUUAAUCGAUCGAAUUGCAAACCAAAAUUUCAAUUCCCAGAAAUCUAAUAAAAACCCGUUUAAAUCCCCUUCCACCCAGACCUGCGCAACAAGGUGCCCCCCACUCUGGUCCAAUCAGAUGUUCGAUAAAAAAUUUUCCCGCGUAUGUGUGACUUAAAAACAAUGGAAAACACCUGUGGCUGUGACCGAAAAGGUCAAUCACCCCCAGACAGCCCGACCACCCCCAAACCCCAUGGAACCACUGGAAUAUUAAUUAAAAAAUCCCUGCAACAUUAAAAAUCAGUGACUUUAUGUAUAUGUUGACAUAACGGUUUUCCAUGUGUGAGUGUAACCGUCGUGGGGGCCGAUGUGAGUGCUCCAUUCCGCGCUCUCAACUUUCCUCCUGUACCCUCGAAAAUCCCUCGUCUUUUUCACCUUACGUAAUCAAAAAA